AUGGACUUUAUCACUUCAUCCUACGAUAUUCUACAGAGCGCUGUGAAGGAAGCUUCAACAGAUGCCCUCCCACCACCAGAUACAAUCCUCCAAGCAACAGCGACCCUUCCAACAUCCCUACCUACCUCUGGACUAGGCGAAGAAGCCACACGAAAACAUCUAAUAUCAGAUAUAUGUCCAGCUUUCAAUGGACAGAAAAUAACGGGCAACUACUAUGGUUUCGUUACUGGUGGGGUGCUUCCGAUAGCUGAGGUGGCAGAUAAUAUCGUCACUGCAUUCGAUCAAAAUGUUGGCGUCCACUUACCUGAUCAGAGUAUCAGUUCGACUGUGGAAGACAGAGCUUUGAGUAUGUUGGCUGAGAUGGUGCAUAUUGGGGAGGAGUUUCAGGGAAGAACAUUUACUACGGGUGCGACAGCUUCUAAUAUUUUGGGCCUUGCAUGUGGAAGAGAAGCAGUUGUCAAAACUCGUCUUGAUGCCGCUGGAGAAACUGGAAGUGUGGGAGAACUAGGAAUAUUAGGAGCUUGUCUCAAAGCUGGUAUCAAAGAGAUUCGAGUAUUGACUUCAAUGGGACAUUCCUCCCUAUACAAAGCCGCAAGCGUGGUGGGCAUCGGACGAGUCUCUGUCAAAGAUAUUCCAAGCAGCAAAGACGAGCCCUGGAAAUUGGACCUUGAAGCGCUGGAAGACGAACUAAAGUCAUCGAAGGACGGGAUCGCUCACAUUGUGGUCAUCAGCGCUGGAGAAGUCAACACAGGUCGCUUUGCAACAAACGGGGUGUCCACAAACCGCAAGAUCAGAGAGCUAUGUGACAAAUACCGAGCCUGGUUUCACGUCGACGCUGCAUUCGGUCUCUUCGCGCGCAGUCUACCCCCUACCCCCGAAUUCCAAGCUCUCAUCCUCGCAUCGUCCGGCUUAGAACUAGCUGAUUCCAUUGGAGGUGACUGUCACAAGAUGCUCAACGUUCCUUAUGACUGCGGCGUCUUCUGGACUCGCACAUCCGAGACGAUGUUCUCAGCUUUUCAAAACGCAAACGCGGCGUACCUCUCUACGGGCCCUUCAUCUAUUCCAUCACCUCUCAAUAUCGGAAUUGAGAACUCCAGAAGAUUCAGAGCGCUGCCUGUGUACUCUGUGCUCGUCGCCUAUGGCCGUUCUGGCUUUGCCGAGAUAUUUGCAAAACAAGUUCGUCUUGCCCGUGCUAUUUCAGCAUAUAUCGAUCAGCACCCUGCUUUUGAGCUUUUAGCGCAAGGGCCUCCACCUUCUCAUCCCACGGCACCGUUCCAUCAUCUCUCUCUAUCAAGUCCGCAACCUACGGGUACUAAUACACCGAUCGAGCGGCCACCAUACGAGAAUACGCAUAUCAUUGUGAUUUUCAAAGCGAAGGAUGAGCGUGUGAAUAACGGGCUGGUAGAUGGGAUAUGCGGAACUAGGAGGAUGCAUGUCAGUGGUACGGUAUGGCAAGGGAAGAAAGCGGCUAGGAUUGCGGUUAGUACUUGGAAAGUCGAGGUUGAUCGAGAUUUGGAUGUUGUGAGGGGUGUGUUGGAGGAAGUUCUGAAAGGGUCAACGUAA